AUGAAAUUUUGUUACUUAGAUCAUCUUUUUGGAAAUCAUACUGUUUCCUCUAAAGGAAAUGAUCCAGGUGUCGUAAACCUUGCAUCAAAAGAACCGCCGGCUUGUUCUAGUAAUCAUUCUUUGAACCCUUUUGAUGGGUUCGACAAAGCAGCCGUUACUAGUCUGUUUCGAAAACAAAAACCUCCAGAUUACAGACAUCCUUGUCACCAGCCCGCUGAAAUUCGAGCAGUCGAAGCAAGCCUUAAGCGAGGAGAGAAGAAAAUCUCAAAGCUGGAAGGUCAAAUCAACAUGCUUGAAUCUGACAAGCGCAGCCUCCAUUACAAGGUUUCUGAUCAAACCAAAGUGAUUGCAAAGCUCACAAAAACGGUUUCAGAUCAAGCUAAGGAAAUCUCCGAACUCAACAAGACCAUCCUCUCCCAAAAGGAUCUCCUUGAGGAAAUCAAUACAAAGGGAGAGGCAACCAAGAACAUUCUUCAAUGGUACAAUCAGACGAAUGACAACCUUUGCAAGCGUCUCGUCGACACCAAUAACGAGCUCCAGACUCUGAAGAAACUUGUGGGUCAGAACACCAUCUGA